AUGGAAACUACUACAACUGGAACCACCAAAGGUCGUACGCCAAGUCGCUGUCGAGAAUGGGAGCGCAAUAGGCGGAACAAAUUCAACGAUGCCAUUACCAGACUAGGCAAAAUAGUUAAGCAAAUAAAUAGAUCAAAUGAUUUAUCUAAAGAUGCAGAAAAUGUUCAAUAUCCCAAGGUAGAAAUAAUUGAGAAAGCUAUUACUUGCUUGACUAGUUGUCUGCAAGUGAAAACUCAACUUGAAGCUGACAUAUUAGCAUUGCAGGUUAAAAUAGAUACUAAAGAAAAUAAUGGAAAAAGAGAUGCAUCCACUCAAGUUUUCAUCGGUUUCAAUAAGAAGAAAAAAAAUAGCAAAUAUGUAAAGGUGGUUAUGCUUAAAAAGUCUGAACGUAAUGCAUUAAAAGAAAAGCCAUUAUUAACAACAAAUGUCACAGUUGAGUCAAAAGUGGAAUGUUCCAGAACAGCAACAAACCAUAUUGUGAAGACUGCAGCACCACAGAAAUUUCCUAUACUAUUACCUAAAUCUAAUGCAAAUGACAAAAAGGGUCCAGAGAACACAUUUGUCGUACUGCCCGCAGCCCCAUACAUUUUCCCACAAAGACCUUUUAUACUACCAACUGUACCUCCAGCGUUUGUGUUAGUAGAUUCAAACCUCCAAACAUUAAAUAAAUCUCCCUUUCCCAUAGUUAAUAGAAUCAAUGGGGAUGUUACUAAAACCACUAUGGUUAACAUUUUACCUAUAUCAGCCUACUCCCGACCAUUAUCAGCUACAAGAAAUAGAAAAAAUAAUACUAAAAGUAAAUUAGACAAUCUCAAAAGAACUAACAAAAAACCUAAACAAUCCACAAAAAUUACUAAAGAACAUCUUGUUAACGAGGAACCUACAAAAUCAAAUGACCUACCUACUAAAGAAACAGCUAAAGAGCAGAAUGACCUAAUUCCUACAGAUAACUCGAAAACCAAGGAAAAAGAAAUUACAAAAAAUACAUGUAAUAAAGACAAAAAUAGCGUUAGUAAUAGUGAGUACACGAAGCUAGAAAAUAAGCAUAAUACAUCUAUUGAUAAAGAUGUUAGUAUGAAACAAGCUGACGCUCUUAAUGUGACUAAACCUGCAGAAAUCCUAAACAUACCAAAAAGAACAGACCAUUCUAAAAUUACUGAAUCAUCUGCAGUUAACAAGACACUCCCAGUGUCAACUCCCUCGACCAUUAUUGAAAAAGAUAAUGACACUAAAAUUAUUCAGGAAAAAUUAAAAGAUACCAACAAAACAUUAGGUAAAGACUCGGUAAAUAAAGACAAAGAAAAUAAACUUUCGCAUAUUUUGGACACAGCAUUGUGCGAAAACACGGUCGACGGUGGAAACGCCCGUCUGGAAUUGGCGGAAGAAUUUUUAGCUGCUUCACCGACGGCCGCGUUUUUGAUGUCUUUCCCGUUGGUCAGCGGAAAUAGAGCCGACAGUCCCGCUGAAGAUCCGCAUACACACCCGCAAGUUACUUCUAAAGACAGUCACACAAGAAGGCAUGAAGUAGCUUCUCAAACUAUUAAUUAUUAUGAGAAAACUAAUACGAAUGAUAGCAAACCCAAAUCAACGUGUAAAGCAGUAACAACUUCCUCAACUAUGCAUCAUAGUAAACAAAAUGAGCAUCAAAAAUAUACAGACAACCACGUAGUUAGUAAGCAAGCCGAAGCCAAGCAUUCCAACAAUGUAGUGACUACGACGUCGAAUGAAAAUCCAUUUCUAAAUUUAUCAAUGUCAUCUCUGAUACCACCAACUUGCACUUUAUCAGAUUCAUCGUACGCUUUAGAUUUCGAUUGCACAAUAAGCAAGACUAUACCCAGUCAAACUACUAGCUACGUGAACAGCAGUAACCUAUUCUACAAAAGCGACCCAUUUAGCACAGUUAAAAAUACUAUUUAUAGCACCAGCAGCAUUUCUUCAGGACACGAAUUUAAUAGUUUUGGCCUAUAUCCAUGUGCAAUGGAAAAGUAUGCGUCAAAAACGAAAUCUGAUUAUCCAAAUGUUGAAGAUAAUCUUAUGAAAAUUGGGUCAUCCAGAUUGACAUACGACAUUGAUUUGGGUUGGUCACAUAAAGGUUUCGAUUUUGUGAACUGCACAAGUGCUCCCAAUGCUUUUUCAAAAGAAAAUAUUUUGAAUACAACAAGCACGUCUUACUCAUCUUCUUAUAACCCGUUCAAUCCAGAAUUUCACAUACCUUUAGUGUCGACUUCUGGCAAAAAAGACGCCUCAACAAAUAAAGCGAGCUCUUCAUUUGCGGAAACAUUUACAAGUUUCUAUUCUCAACCUACCAGUUUGUGGUCUGAAGACAUGAGUUACUAUAACAACAGCAACAAUUCAAAAGCAGCCAAAUCUCAUCAUUAUCUACCAGUAGAUCACUCGCUAAAUAACAAAGUUAAUAAUUCAAAAAUAUACGAAACUAAGCAAAUGUCUAAUGUAAGUGAAAGUAUUAUUAAAACGACGAAUGUUGCAGCUCCUCAGCAAGUUGCAGAGAAGUAUACGAAAAAGUCACCAACAAAAAUGCAUAUAAAUUGGAUGACAUCUGAAGUCAGACCUAUGCAAAGUCAAUGUAAUCCGCCACACUUAGAUACUAAGGAAGUGCAAAAACAUUCUUAUAGUCAAUUAGAUCAUACCUCAAAGAAAGUAGAUCCAAAUGAGGGCAAUUACUUUCCAAUAUCUAUGCACAAUUUUUCGUCGCAAAUUACUCAAGAUGAACUACAAAUAUGGCCUUCAGCGAGGCCUGCGGGAACAACAGAAAUAACUAUGGAACCACCACCUAUCAACUUGCCCACACUAGUCGGUGACUUAGCGUUAGGACCCCACGACAAAAAGAAAACCGACAUAUCAAGCAGGAGUGGCCUUCAAACGGACUUACAAAAUUGCAGUAACUCUUUCUUCGUAACUCAGUUAAUGAAUCGAACGACAGAUAAUAGUUUACCAUCGCGUUAUCAAGGGUCUGAAAUCGAAAUCUCCAAAUCCGUACCAGUCAAACAAAACUCUACUCAAACCACUACCGAAUUAAAUCACAAAACAAUGUCUCGCAUUGAAAGUCAUAUUUCACAGCCUUAUUACGUUUUUCACGAAGGCAAAUCAAAUUCUUACGAAACGAUGAGUCAGUAUCCUCAGACUAAAGCAAAGCCGAAUAAGCCCGACAAAAGUUCUAAAGUGCAAAAGAAUAGUUACUCUGCUGAAGCCUUAAUACGAGGUGGUACGUGCAAUCAAAAACUUCCGGACACCAACUCAUCAAAGUUUGCAAUGCCUGCACAAAAAUAUUCUGAUUUCAAUACGGCUCAAGAUAGCGUAGCCCAAGUGUCACACUUUCCACCAAUUUUGGAUUAUUCUGAUAACAGCAGCUAUACAGGUCAACAGUUUUCUGCAACGACGUUGUAUAAUUCUACAACAAACACAAUUUCCAAUUCCUUUUAUACGAACUUUAUGCCUGGCUCUAGCAAUUUGAUGUCUGGAAAUUAUACAAGUGGUCCCUUUUCUGGUGAUUUCAUAGAUUAUAACCAAACAACAGAAUGUAAUUAUUCGAACCACAAAUAUGAAGAACUGAAAAUGAGAAAUAAUUCUUCAUUUAACCCAGAAAAAGUGCCAUCUAAUUACAAGGGCUCGAGAAGAGAGUCCGCCACAAAACACAAAUUGGAAUGUGCUAAAAAAGAUUCUAACAAAAAAUACCAAACUAAAAGGGCAAAACUAAAUACCGAAGUGGAAGAUUGGAAUGAAUCUGCUCAUUUACUAUGGCAGAAUAAAACACCAACUAAAAAGCAUCACAAUUUAAUGUCGGAGGAUAUACCUUUUCCCAACUACGUUAGUAACCAGAUGCCAGGGCAGUAUCAACCUGACUACUUUAACAGUCAUCUGAUGCCGUCUAAUAUGCAGUCGAUGGGCCACAAUGUGGACCGCUCUCUUGCUAGCUUCCCUGCUACCUCACGUGCUAACUUCAACCUCAGCACCAUUUUUCCCGAAAUUACUAUGAAAGUGCAAUAAUAUUAAAAGUGUUUUAGAUCUGGUUGAUACACCACUGCUCCGUCUAUGAAUAAUCCAUAUUUAUUUAAAUAUACAUAAAUCGAAGGUUACAUUUAAGUACCUGUAA